AGGUCUCAGCACUGUGUUUUGCCGCCCAGUAAGCCUUGCGCGGUCGGCACACGGGACGCAGAACAUGAGCUUGAGCUUCCAGCAGGUUUUCAGUAGCUGUAGCUUAAGAUAUUAGAUAUGGCACUGGCCGGGCCACAUGCGCCUGGACCGGGCCGGCCGACCGUGCCCCACGGCGCGCCUCGCGGGUUUGACGACCUGGACGCAGCGGACGGAUAUCGUCACCUUCGCGCGCAGCUGCUCACAUGGCCCGGCUGCGUAUCGGAACCUGUUGAGGUCCUGGACGCCGCGGCCUUCACGGCGGACUGGGUGCGGGCGGGCGGGCUGCAGGCGCCGGCGCUGGUGCGCGGCUACGGCGCCCCCGCCGCGCACCUGCAGCCGCUGCUGGGCCCGGACAUGAAGGACCUGGGGCCGCUGUCGCGGGCGCUGGGGGAGGACCGCGAGGUGCUAACGCUGGACGUGGACAAGCAGGCCCCGGGGCCCAAGUGGACGCUGCGGCAGUGGUGCCUCUACUGGCGCGAGCGGCAACCCGUGGGCGACCUCACCGCCCUGCCGCACCAGCAGCACCCGCAGCAGCAGCACCAUCACCCGCAGCAGCAGCAACACGGCGGCGGCGGCGGCGGCGGGCGGGGCGGCUCCGAGGGCGCCGGGCACGGCUCCGCGGCCGCCGCCAUCAGCUCCCAGGACGACGGGGUCGACACGGAGAUGGAUGACGAGGCGGACAGCGCCUUCGUGCACCAGGGGGACGUGGAUGCGUUCCGCGAGACCAGCGCCCCCCGCAAGGGCAUUCGCGACGCCAACAAGCGCCGACAGCUGGCGCUCACCGCCCUCUCACUGGCCGACCUGCCAGCCGCCGCCGCCGCCGCCGCCGCCGCGCCGCACGCCGCGCCGCCGCCGCCGCCAGGCGCGGCGGCGCCGCACGCCGCCGCAGACGGCGGCGGCCCGCUGCGCGUGCCGGCGCCGCUGGCGGCUGUGGAUCUAGUGAACCAGCUCAACAUGUCGCGGGAGGUGGCGGCGGCGGCGGCGGGCGGCGGCAGCAGCGGUCUUGGUCCGGCGGCUCGGCACCACUUGGCGGUGUGGCCGGCGGGCGCCUUCACCAACUUCCGGGUGCUGCCGGGCGGCGCCGCCAGCUGGUGGGCGGUGGCGGCGGGGCGCGUGGUGUUCUUCCUCAUCCCGCCCACCGAGCCCGCCCUGGCGCUGUACGCCUCCUGGGUGGCCUGCGGCGCACGCGACCGCGGCCGCCCACUCCUAGAGGCCUGGCCCACACCACCGCCACCGCCGCCAGCACAGGCGACACAGGCAACACAUGCACAGCAGGCGACACACGCACAGCAGGCGGCGGCGCCUUCGGGGGCACAGGCCACGACGCAAGGGACGCAGGCGGGGACGCAGGCGGGGACGCAGGCGGCGGCGCUGGGACACGGGGAGGCGAGGCAAGGGCAGGCAAGCGCAGGGGAGGGCGCGAGGGGCGGCUCCACGCCACCGCCGCCGCCGCCGCCCUUUUUUGCGCCGCCGCCCGUGCCGCAAGCUGCUACUGCUACUGCCUGUGCUACUGCGGCGGCUGCACAGGCGGUAGCGGCGGCGGCGGCUGCACAGGCACCUGCACCGGCGCCGGCAGGACCCGCGACCUCCCUCGCACCCGAGCCGGCCGCACACGACUCCGCCCCCGCUCCUCUCGCGCCGCCGCCGCCGCCGCCGCCGCGGCACGCGUCUGCGCGCUCCCCACAGCCUCCGCCGCCCUCGCCCCUGGCUCUGCCCCCCUUCUCCGCCCCCGCCUCCUCCGCUUCCUCCACCUCUAGCACCGGCUCCGGGCUGCGGGUGGUGCGGCUGGAGGCGGGGCCGGGGGAGCUGGCGCUGCUGCCUGGCGGCUGGCCGGUGGCGGUGGUGGCGGCGGCGGACAGCGCGGCGGUGUGCGGCACGCUGCUGAGCGCACACGGCGGCGGGCUGGCGGCGGCGCUGCGGGCCUGGGAGCUGGAGGAGCUGCUCAAGGUCAAGCACCGCGCGCGCUUCCCGCUGUUCCGGCACCUCAUGUGGCACACAGCCGUGUCGUACGCGCGCUCGCUGAGGGCGGCGGCAGGCCUGCCCAUGUUGAAGCGCCAGCGCGCCACCACCUCCCGCGACCGCGCCGCCGGCCACGCGCUCGGCCCGGGCACCAUGACCACCUCCCACACCGCCAACGGCGGCGGCGGCGGUUACCGUUACGGCGGCGCCGCCGCGCCCCAAGACAGUUUCAACAACGGUCCGGCGCACAGCGGCCCUGGAGUGACGGGCCCGCCGUCGUACAACUUCCGCCGCGUCUCGGCGCCGGCGGUACAAGGCGGCGGCGGCGGCGGCGGCGCGGCGCCGGCAGCGUCGGGUGGCGGCGGCGGCGCCGUGGCGGCGGCGGCGGCGGCGGUUAACAAGGCUGUAGCCGGCCGGAAGCGGGGGUCGGUGGACCAAUACGCGGACUCUCCGCGUCGGCCGUCGGGCACCCACUCGGGCGCGGCGGCGGCGGCGGGGGCAGCGGCAGGGCCUGCGGCGAGUGGCGGCGGCGGCGGCGGCCCGCCGCCACUGCCCGGGCGCGGGACCAAGGCCCGUGGCGGCGGCGGCGGCGGCGCGACCCCUGCGUCUCCGGUGCACAGCGGCGGCGGCAAGCGGAUAAAGCUGACGUCGGGCGCCGCCGCCGCGGUCCGCAUGUUCAACGAGCUGGAUAGCAGCGACGACGAUGAUGGCGACGGCGACUGGGGGGAUACAACCUCGCCGCGCGACGGCCGCGGCACACUCGGCUUUGCCGCCGUCGGCCGCCGCCCGCGCCGCGGCGCUGCCGCCGCCGACGCGGCAGCAGCAGCUGCGCCUGCGGGUGCCGCUGCUGGUGUGCAGGGCUCGGCUCGGCGUUUCCCGGCGCGCGCGUCCGCGCCGCGGUCGGUGGUUGCGAGUGCGCUGGCGCGGCGGGCUGGGUACGACAUGGAUGACUCAGAUGAGGAGGAGGAUGAGGAAAUGGCGGCGGCGGCGGUUGGUACGGCGGCGGCGGCGGGCGUCGAAGGGCUGGGGCGGCCGCGGCGCAGCCGUGGCCGCAGCCAAGACUGGCGGCACUUGCUGGUGGAGGGAGAGGAGGGCGAGGAGGAGGGGGAGCAGCAGGGUGAGGGUGGCGGAGAGCAAGGCGGCGACGACGACGGCGUCAGUGAGCGGCACGGCGGCGCCGCCGGGCCCGAUGACGGCACCUCGCCGGCAGUCAGCCCCCGGGCGGCGGCGGCGGCAGCCGGCGGCGCUGCCGGCGGUGGCCGGCGGCGGCGCGGCGCGGCGGCGGAGGACGCGGAUUACGAGUACGACCCGGAUGACGACGUGUCGUACGACAGUGGCGGCGGCGGCGGCGUCUGGUACGGCGGCGGCGGCGGGCCUGGCCUCAGUGACGGUGGCAGUGAGGGCAGCACGCCCGCGAUACCGGGGCUGGUGCGGGGUGUGCGCGGCAUGCGGGGCCGCGUGGUCCGCCGCAACGCCCCGCCAGCUGGUGGCGGCGGCGGCGGCGGCGGCGGGCGCGGCCGCGCCGGCACGGGUCGCGGCGGCGGCGCACGCUCCGUGCCCAGGCCGGCGGCAGCGGGCGGCCGGCAGCUCGGCCGCGGCGGCGGGUUGGCGAACACGCCGUCGAGGGACAUGGGCGUGGUCAGCAGCCGGCCCGCGACACCGGCUGAGCGGCUGAAGGCGCUUCAGACGCUACGGCCGCAGCCGAGAGGCGGCGCCGCCGCUGGCGGCGGCGCCGCUGGCGGCACUGCCGGGCAUGGGAUCUACCGGCCGCUGGGUCUGCCGGAUGAGGGCGAGGCCGAGGACGUGUCACCGGGCGGAGCGCGCGCCGGCGGCGGCGGCAGCGGAGGCGAUGGUGCGCGGCGGCCGCGGCUGCGCCGCACUGCGGGUCAGAUCCUGCGGGACGGGUUAGGGCUGGGCGCGUCGGCGGAGGGCGGGGAGGGGGAAGAGGACGUGGCUGACGCGCACGCCGGCGGCGGCGGCGGCGCCGGCGGGCGGCGCGGGCCGCGGCGGCGGUCACGCGUGUAUGACGACACUGACGAUGACAUGUUUGCCGACGCCGUCAGCGGCGGUGGCAGUCACGGCGGCGGCGGCGGCGGCCAUGGCGGCGGCGGGAGCGACUUGGACGGUCAUUCGGAGGGCGCCGGCGCCGGCGCUGGUGGCGGCGGCGGCGUCCGUUUACGCGGCGUCCGAGCACGCGGCGGGCGCGCUGGCGGCGGCGGCGGCGGCGGCUCGGACGCGUCAAACAUAGGCGACGACGACGCUGACGAGGAUGAAGACGGUCCGGGGGCGCGGCGGCUGGGCGCGCGGCGGCGGCUGCGUCGGGCCGUGCUGGCGGUGGCGGAUGAUCUCGAGGACGAAGAGGAGGAGGAGGACGAUGACGAUUACGAGGAGUCGCAAGACUCCGAGGAUGACGAGGACGAGAGCGAGGGGGAGGGGGAGGAGGGCAGCGGCUCUGAAGGAGCAGGGCAGCGGCAGGAGCCGGUGGCGGCGGCAACACAGGCCAGGGGCAACCGAGCACCCGCCGGCGCGGGCGGCGGUGCAGCCACCGCCGCCUCUACCGCCGCGGCGCCGCACCGGCCCGAGCCGCGGGCCGUGUCCGCCGGGCCGUCCGCUGCAGCAGGAGGGUCAGGGGCAGGGGCAGGAGCAGGAGCUGGGGCAGGAGCAGGGGCAGGAGCAGGGGCAGGAGCUGGGGCAGGGGCAGGAGCAGGGCCAGGAGCAGGGCCAGGAGCAGGGGCAGGGGCUGGGGCUGGUGGUGUCGGCAGCGCGCCGCUCAAGAUCAAGCUGUCGCUGCACGGCCGCACGCCGGCCGCCGCCGCAGCGCCUUCCGCCGCGGCCGCCGCCGGCGCCGCCGCCGGCCGCGGCGUCACGCCGCCGCCGGCGCCAGCCAUCAGCCUGCCCGGGCCGGCGCCCCUGCAUGCCGCCUCCACGCCAGCUGCUCACGCGGCCGCGGCGACGCCGCACACGGGCGGUCUGAAGCUCAAACUCAAACUCCCGGGAGGGGCUGCGCACACCCCGGCCGGCAGCGGUGCCGGUGCACCAGGCGCCCUCGCGCCCACCAUCGCCCGGAGUACGGCCCACGAGCCCGCAGCAUCAUCGGGAUCCGCAGCUGCCGCCGGCACUGCAGGUGCGGGCGAGGGCACGGGCGCCGGCGCCGGCGCGAGGGGAGGGCAUGGGGGAAAUGCGGCCGUAGGCACCGCCCCAGCUGCUGCCCCGGCUGCUGCCGUUGCUUCGGCCGCUGCUCCUUCUCCUGCUGCUGCUGCUGUCGCGCUGCCGCCUCCGCAGGCGUCCGCCGGAGCGCCUGAUGCGGCCCCGGGCGCCGCUGCUGCUGCUGCGGCGGCGGCGGCAGCGGCGGCAGCCGCCGACGGCUCGCCAAGUCGCGAUGGGCUUCCUCGCAUCCCGCAAAUGGAUGGCGCGGAUGACAUGGACGAGGAUGACUACGACUGUGAAGAUGGUACGGCUACUGCUGUUGCUACGGCUGUUGCUGCUGCUGCUGCUACUGCCGCGGCGCCGCAGGCCCCGCCGCAGCACGCGCCGCAACUGCGCGUCACCCUGCCUGACGCGGCGGAGGGCGCGGAGCUACAGCCGCAGCAGCAGCUGUUGCUGCAGACCUUGCAGACCGGCGGCGGCGCACAGCCGCACCUGGUCAGCAAGGAGCAGGCGUCCACGUUCGCAACACCUGCCUCAUCAGCGGCGCUUGCAGAAGCGGCAGCGGCGGCUGCGGCUGCACAGGUGGCUUCUGAGGAGCCGCAGCGGCCGCCGCCGCGCCCGCAUUCGCCGAGUGCGCUGUCCAGCCCGGUGCCGCCGCUGCCGCUGCAGCAUGGGCACCUCAGCAUCCUACAGGGCCUGCCCUCCUCCGGCAGCGCCAGCCACCACUCGCACCCACACCCGAGCCACCCGCACCCACACCCGCACGGGCACGCCAACCACCACACCUCUCAUAACCACAACUCUCACAACCACAACCACCACGGCCACAACUCCCACACUCACGGCGCCCAGGCGCCCUGCAGUGGGACGGAGGCACCGGGGGCACCGGGGGGAAACCCGCCGGCCGUCGCUGCAGCAGCAGCAGCACCGGCGGCGCCGCUGCCACACACAGCGGCGGCAACAGAAGCGAGGUUAGCAGCACCAGUGACAGCACUGGCUCUAGCACGGCCGGGGGCUGUAGCACAGGUGGCGGGUGCUGAGGCGGGGCACGCCAUGCAGCCGCUACAGCCACACCAGCAGCUGCAGCCUACUGCUGUGGUGGAGGGGCCGGCGACAGGCGAGCUCCAACAGCACCCGCACGCCACACCUGCACCACCUGCUGCCGCCGCCGCCGUCGCGCCUGUGCCGCCCCACGCCCCACCGCCGCCGCCCGGCCACGAGCGGCCUCCUGGCGGCGGCGGGCUGCGCGGCAUGCUGCCGGCCAAGCGGGGCUCGGACGGGUCCGGCAAGGCGGCGCCAAGUGCGGCUGCUACUGCGGCGGCGGCGGCGGGCGCUGCGGGUGCUGCAGGUGCUACGGGCGGCGCCUCUCCGGCGGCGGCGGCUGCUCGGGGCCCGGGGCGGCCGCCCGCGAUCAAGUCCAUCUCCAUGGCGGUGCCGGACGCGCAGAAGGCGCUGGGGCUGGUGGCGCUAGGCGCCAACCGCACCGGCACGCAGGGGGCUCGCGGCUCCCUCACCAAGAUGAUGCCCUCGCGCCCCGGACAGCAGGCGCGCCAGCCGCCCGGCAGCACCCUCGCCGCCGCCAAGCAGCAGAUGCACACCGGCGCCGGCACGCCAGGCGCGCCCGUCGCCGCGGGCGGCUUAGCAGCCGGCCCGGCAGGACGCGGCGGCGGCGGCGGCGGCGGCGUGGGGAGCGGCCGGCAGCACUUACGACCGUCGCCGCCUUUGCAGGGACCAGACCAGGCGGCGGCGGGAGCUGCGGCGCCGCAGCACCAGGGGUUAGGUGGCGCCGCGGCAAACACGGACGCGGCUCCGCCUGCGGCAGCCGGUGCUGCUACGGCUGCUACAGCUGCCGCAGCUGCUGCAGCUGCUACAGCCGCCGCCGCGGCGGCGGUGAUCGGCCCAGCGGAGCCGCAGUCGCUGUUCGCGGCAGCGGAGAUGCCCUUACCCGGCCUGUUAGGCGCGUCGCCAGUAGCGGCGGCGCGGGUUUUCGCUAUUGGUGCCGCCGCAGCGGAGACGCCAGGCGCGGCCGCCGCCGCAACCCCCGCCGCUGCUGGCGGCGACGGCGGCGGCGACGCCAUGGAUGUGUCUCCCAUGCAGCUCGCCAUCCGGUCCGCCAUCGCCGCCGCCGCCGCGGGCCGCCCACACGACCACAUGCCGCCGCCCUCGCUGCCGCCGCUACCUGCGCCCGCACCGGCGGCGCCGCCACUGGCUGCAGCCGCAACGCCGCACCACCAGCAGCAUCAGCCGCCGCUGCUGCCACCUGUCAGCCCGGUGGCGGUGCCACACGCUCCCACGCUCUUCACCACCGGCGCCGCGCCGCCGGCCUCAGCCUCAGCCUCAGCCUCAGCCUCAGCCUCGGCCGCACCCGCACCCGCACCCGCAGCAACCGCGCCCUCCGCCGCAGGCGCGGCCGCUACAGCCACCACCGGCGCCCCUGCUACAGCCUCUGCUACCGCCCUUGCUACAGCCUCUGCUACAGCCUCGCGGCCGCGGCCGUCGCUGUCCAAGCUGCUGACGCCCUGGGAGGUGCGUGACCUGCCGCUGCUGGUGGCGGCGCUGCGGCGGGGCCUGGCGGAGGCGGCGGCGGGCCACGGCGGCGGCGGCGGCUUCUUGCCGUCGCACGCCGCCGCCCACGCCGUACACCUGCCGUACGACGACGUGCCGUACAACAUCCGCGACCCGGAGCACGUGCUGGAGCAGCUGGAGGAGGCGCUGGUGGCGCUGGAGCACCCGGCCUACGUGGCGCAGCACGCGCUGGCGGCGGCCGCCGCCGCCGUCGCGGCGGCCGCCGCGGGUGGCGGCGGCGGCGGCGCUUCCGCGCUGCUGCCGCCGCUGCCUACACUGCCAUUGCUCGGCCACCCAGCGGCGGCGGUAGCGGCGGCUCCGCCGCUAACGUCGCCUGGCGGCGCGGGAUUGAGCGGGCAACCCAUGGGGCCCCCGAGUGCCGCUGCCGCUGCCGCCGGCGCUGCCGCUGCUGCUGCUGCGGCGGCGGCGGCGGCGCGGCCUGUCGGCACCGCCGCUGGGAGCCUGCCGCCGCCGCCGGCGCCGCCGCCGCCGCAGCCGCACCCUUCCUCGGUGCCGCCGCCGCUGGCGGUGCGCUUUGCCUCUGACGGCGAGAUGCCGGCGGCGUGGCGGCAGCUGCGAGACGAGCUGGCGGCCCAGCGGCGGCGGGCGGCGUCGCCGGGCCCUGGCAGCACCGCCCUCGGGACCACGGGCGACGCGGACACAGUGGAGCAGACGGCGGAGACGGACCCAGUGGUCAACGCGAGCGUGGGUGGCGGCGGGUUCGGAGGCGGCGGCGGCGGAGGAGGAGGAGGAGGCGCCGGCAUGCACCCGCCCCGCGGCGCGGGGCGGGGCGGGCACAGCAAGCAGAUUAGCAAGAAGGUCGCGAAGCUGAAGAAGGGCCUAGGUUUGUGAGAGGUGCGUGAGCGAGCGGGGGAUGGUGAAGGUGUGGGAACACAUGUCCAGCGUGGGUGCUUUUCGAUGCGCGCCCGCCAUAUCGUCAGACCGUCUGGUCUGGCCCACAUGGUGUUGUGCCGUGGUGGGCUGGUGAACAUGGUGCCUGCGCCCAAGGCUGAUUACAUACCCCUAGCCCAAGCUCCAAGUGCGCAUACGCAGACAGCGAUUAGGGAGGCACGCGAAGGGCAGGCUGGUCGCGGAGGCGGUGUGAUGGAAUAUGGCGUUACCGCAGCUGUUUACUGGCGAACUUCUGGUACUGUGGUGGGCUGCUGCGGCAGCCGAGUUGUGCUUCUUGCAACCCUGUUGGGUUAUGUCUGUGUGUGCGCCCGCACAUGUGGAUGUGGAGCAUUGACGGGUGCGGGACUGGGCUCGGGCCACCAAAAGCGACCGAACCAGACAUCAACGUACGGGAUGGCGGCGGUAAGCGGUCCGGGCAUCGCCGGCCGCAUAGGCCCGCUCCACGCCCGCGUGUGCAACGAAUGUUGGCUGUCCUGCGUGGGUGUGUUGAUUUGCGAGAGGUGAGGGGCUUAUUAGGUGUGGCAGCAUAGUAAGCAGUUGCACGCCAGGAGUGAGGGGCCUAGGUAGGAUGACGCGAAGGGCAGGGAAUGCAGCAUGCAUUGCAGAACUGGAAACCCACAAAACCCAACUUCCUCAUGUGAUCUGGUGACGGGGCAUGCAGCGCAUGCAUACACUUCCACUUGGGGGCUUGGUACGUGGUGGUGAUGAGGCCGGUCACAUGAGAGUGUGUGUUUGUGUGAUUGUGUGGAGGUGCUCACGCAUCCCGACUCAAUUAGUUCGGCGUCCUGAGUGAUGUCCGUGAUGCACGAACUGCAGCUCUGCGCGAGUACGUGCGCGCGAUAUUUUUGCAAGACUGAGAAACUUUCC